AUGGAAAGUAGCUUCAUCGACGACGCUGAGUUCUGGCUUCCGCCGGAGUUUCUCACUGACGAGGAUUUUCUCGUCGAGAAGGAGAACAACGGUGGUGGGAUUGAUAAGUCCAACAAGGAUCGUCAUGGAUUUGGGUUAAAAUCGGGAUUCGGCUCUGCCGUUAAACCAACAGGCGACGAGGAGAAUUUCUUGGCCGGACUGACUAAACAGAUGGUUCAGUCAACUGUGGAAGAUGAUUUCUCCGGCGGAUUUUGCGGCCAUCCCGCUUUUUCUUCCGAGAACGACACCAAGGCGUGGGGUACAACUCGUUCGCGUCAAUCGACUCUGUGUGGGGCUGGAAUCGGCUGUAAUUGCCAGAAUCAGAGGUUGAAUCAGAAUUGCCAGACGCGAGUUUCUUCUCAGGCGGCGGCAUGGGAUCUGUACUGCGCCGCGGCGGAGGAACUGGCGAGGAUGAAUAUCAACGACGAAUCGUACGGUUACAACAACCGUAGUGGCAGAGGACUUCUCGAUCUUCCCAGAAAACACCCCCUCUCCGCCGCCAAAAACCCCGGCUCUGGUUUCUACAACCACCAAUCUCUCCGAUACCAGAACCUUCAAGCCAUCCACUUUCAGCAACUGAAGCAGCAACAGUUGAUGAAACAUCAUCGCCAAUUGAUGCAGAGCAGAGCUAAUAGCAACAAAAAUGGUGGUUCUGUGGAUUUGUCGUCAUCUGCAUGGUCUCAUCACCCACAGAGGCGUGAUGGUUCCGUUAUGAGGGCUGUAUUCCUCGGUGACCACACAGGAAAACGUGGAUCAACCGGCACCGGCGUCUUCUUGCCCCGCCGUGUUAACCAUACUCCCCCUGCCACCGCCGAGACUCGCGAGAAGUCCACUCUUUCGACGGUUUUGGUUCCGGCUAGAGUGGCGCAAGUCCUGAAUCUGAACCUAGACGAAUCUGUGGUCAAGCCAGUGGUCCGGUCUCCGGCCAGUCUCAACGACGUGUCGUGGAGACAGAGGAGCAACAAUGGCGGAUUCUCGAGCCAGAUGAAGAUGGAGCAGCCAGUGAGCGAGCCUCGGUUACCUUUGGACUGGGCUUAUUGA